AGAAAUAAAUAUCCGUUUAUAGUGCGUUUUUAAUUUUUUCUUCUUACUAUACUCGUUCAAUUUAUUUGAUUAUUUACUUUCGAAUUUAAAAUACCUAAAAAUGUCUUCUGCCACAGAUAUAUUAAACUUGAAUAAAAUGGAAGUAUUCCAAAACUUGAAGAAACAAUUAGAGAAAAGAGGAACUAACUUUUUACAAAAUUUGAUUGCAUUCAAAGACCAAAUUUUGUAUGUGUGGAAUUCUGAAGAAUGUUGCUUAUAUGCUAUACUUUUAUCUACAGCCCAUGAAAAAAAUAUCAAGUAUAAGAAACUUUACCCCGGAACUCCACCACUGUUCGACGUGAACGAAAUAUUGAUCAACGAACCAGGUACUCUUUGUGCCUUAGUGGGCACCAAGGGCGUAUCAGUAAUGAGAUUUCCUAAACGGAUGGGUACCAAGUCUUUAUAUGACGGCACUGGAGAAGGCAUAUCAUGCAGCACUUCUCUGUUACAAGAUAAAUAUUUUGUGUCCAAACACUUGACUGAUAUUAAAAGAGUACGGUGGUAUCCGGGAAGUCCAGAAGAUAACCAUCUCAUCGUGUUGACAAAUGACAAGAACUGUUUGAGACUGUUCAAGGUUGAAAACAAUUUAGGAAAAUUAGCGUCAGUGUGGCAAUUAGGACCACAGUCUUCUCGAUUAUCGGUGUCACUUGGCGAUACUGCCGUUGAUUUUGAUUUUGCUCCUCCUGUACUACUAGGAGAAAAAGUCCGGUCAGAACCUUCUAUUAUCUGGCCUAUUUUAGUUUUGCUAGGAAAUGGUGAAGUAUUAUGUUUGAAUACUACUGUUGAUGAUUCUAUGACUAUUCAAUCUGCUAAAUUAACUGGACCAUUAAGUAUGUACCCUCCAGCUGAUGAUAAUUAUAGUGAAGAUGCCUGCUCUAUACUAGUUUUGGAAACUGUUCCUCCAUCAGUAGUUAUUGCUUCUAAUUUUGGCGAACUUUAUAAUUGUCUACUAUUACCAGUUAUACAAAACCAAGAUGAAUAUAUGUCCAACGAAAAACAAUUAGAAUAUAGUUUACACAUCAUCGAAACUAUUGAACUAGAAUUAGGAAUCAACAUUUCUGAUGUUAAUGAUGAUUAUGGUAGUUCAAAUAUAUUACAAUUGAAAAAUGAUUUUGGUGUUCCUUCUAGGUAUUGGUGUUUACAUAACACUGGUGUGCAUUCAGUCACUAUACCUUUAGGUGAACUUUUAGAAGAAUUUUCUAAAACAGUAAAUGAUGAACAACAAGCUUCUCCAGAUAUACUAGGUCAAAGCUUUGUAGAGUAUUACAUUUGUACUGGACUUAUGAAUGGAGAAACAAAACCAAUCAAAGGAUUUUCUGUGAUAAAUUUUCCUACUGAUUUAUUAGUUACUAUGUUGAGCAAUGGUGAAGUUGUUACACAAUCUAUUCCAGACUAUAUUCACAAUAAAGCAUCAAUUGCAAACUUAUACAUUGCCAAUGAUGAAAACGAAUUAGAUAAUCAAACUGAAAGUACUGAAAAUAAUGAUAUCAAUAAUUUCAGUUCAUUUAUAUCAACAUUGCUACAAACUGGCAAUGGAUCUAAAAAUACUCUUCUGAAAUUAGGAUCAGAUAUUCCACCUCAUAUUGUAAUGCAGAUGAUUCUACAAUCUAUGACUACUAUGAGAGAAGAUACCAUAAAAAAACAUAAAACUGUUUCGGAAGAAAUUGAACGCAGAGUGCGAAUGUUAAUUAAUGCUAAAGAAAGACAGUUAUUGGAAAUGCAAAAAUUAGAAGAGGCUCGUUUAAAAUUACAAGAAGAUGUUGAGAAUAAAGCUGAGAAAUUAGAUGAAAUUAAUAACAAACAAGAAGAAUUAACAAAAAGAGCAUCUACAGUUCUCAUGAAAUUAGUAUCAGUUACACCUGAAAGUGUGUCAACAAAAAAAAAACGAGAAUUAUUAGAAAUGUAUAAAUCAAAAAUGACCACAAUGAAUAAACGUAUAGAGGAAUUAAAAGAUAAAUGGAAUAUAAUUCAGCAAGAAUCUAUUUCAUCUAAUCGACAAACAUCAGGGAACCGCUCUUUUAGAUUAACUCUUGAACAAGAAUUAGUGAUAAAAGGAAACUUGUCAGAAAUGGGAUCUACAAUAUUGGAAUUAGAAAAAAAAGUGAGGGACCUAAGAGCAGUUGUAAAUACUAUUUCUAAUUAACCUACUAUUGAUCAAAAUUCAAUUACACAAGUUAUUAUUAAUUAGCUUAAUGUUAUUAGUUCUUAUAAAAAAAAAUGAUUAAAGGAUUGUGUAAAACAAAAAAAGAAACUUAAAUAACUUUGUAAUAAAAUUUAUGUACAUAAUUAUUUUUUUUUUAAAUUUCAAUAUUGAAAAGAUUAAACUGUUAUGGUAGAAACUUUUGUCAAAGGUGAAUUAAUAGUUAAUUAUGUAAAAUUUCUAUGUGAAUAAUUAAUAUUGACAUUUAUUAUGUUAACAAGUCCAUCAAAUGAGAAGUUUAUAAAUAAAACAAUAUUAAUAACUAUUAAAAGUCAAAUUUUCAUGAAUUUUAGUUAUUUGUAUUUUUAUAAUUUUUAAAAAUAAUGUAAAAAGAAUUUUAAUUAAAAUUAGUUUGCCAUAAUUUUUUUUUUUUUUUUUGUAACAAUAAUAAACUUCAGAUACUAAAUCCUCCAUGAAAUAUUAUUUAAAUUUAGUUUUUA